AUGCGCUUUCUUGACGUUUUUGCUUCGUUGUUGGGCGUGGCGUCCCUGACGGGCUAUGUUGCUGCUGAUCUGAGGAUAACUGCGGAUCAUUUUUCUUUCGGAGGCGUCAACUAUCCCGGUCUACAGACUCUGAAUCCAAAAGAACGUGACACGGUCAUUCGAGCCAUUGUGAAGAGCGGUGCUCGCGUCAUUCGGUUAUUCAUUCGACAAUAUGGCGAUUAUCCAGAUCCCGAACCAGAGGUUGGAUCCUUUGAUCGAUCGAUCCUAGACAUGUUCGACGACACUCUAGCUGCCAUUCAUCAUAUUUCGAAAGGCAAAGUGAAGGUUAUUAUUGCGCCACACGAUGCGCAUGCGCUCCGUGAAACGAAUGAUGUGCCAUGUGAUGCAUAUUGCAAGCGGCUCGAAGGGGCCUUCCUAGACUUCUACAGCAAUGAACAGGGCGAGUAUCCGGUGGCCGUUCGAGAGCACUACAAGACUCGCCUACAGGUUCUCUUCAAGGAGUACACAUCGCGGAACUUCGGUGACAGGCCAUGGAGCGAGUUGAACGAGGUCAUAUUGGGGGUUGAUGUCCAAAACGAGCCAUGGUCGAGCAUAUCGCCCAUUCCUUCCGGUGAGCCAUGGCUCUGUGAAAUUGCCACUCAUUUGAAAGACACGCUCGGCUUGGGCAAGAGCAACAUCGCUGUCAUCAGUGGAGGCAUUUCAGGAGCCCAGAGUCCUGAUGGUGAUGAAAACUUUCCCGAUUCCGCUUUCAAUUGCGACGCGAUUGAUGUGAUUGGUAUCCAUGGAUAUUACGCAAUGGACGAGAAUGGCGAAGCAACAGCUGGCACGAACUGGGCUAAGAUGUUCAUCCCUGGUAACACGCUUACUGCUCGCGCUGAAGAGAAGAAGAAGCUGCUGCUCGUUGAGGAGAUGGCAUAUAUACACACCGAGCUGGGCCUUACUUACAAACAGCAAGCCAUCUGGGAUCAAGGAAACGCACUGAACUAUCGAGGAAUCCCUUGGAUUUACUCCAAGAUCAAUAAUGGUGGUGAGGGAACCACAUCGACUGUUAGCAUUCUCCGGGAUGAUACGGCGGCCAUUGGCGCUUUAAAGGAUGUCCUAAAGCGUGCCUAUGGCUCACGCAGCAAAUUUAACUGGUCGAAGUUCCUUUCCCCACCUCCAGCUCUCUCCAACUCCACAUACGUUGCCCUGAAUCCUUACAUCCCCGAACAAUCCGACUGCACCUUUGGCUGCCCUGGCUAUCUCUGUGACGCACCUGACGGCUGCAAACCCGACCUCAUCUGCAAGAACAGCAUCUGCGCCAAGCCCGACGAAAAGCAACCCGGUAAGAUGGGCGACGACUGCAACUCCAAACAACCUUGCCUGGAGCACCUAAAAUGCGAAGACGGCCUCUGCCAAGAAUGCAUCGUCCGGCCAAGCAUCCAACCCAAAGAUCCUCGCAAGACCACCGUCGACGGUGACCCCAACGCCCAGUGCCAGCCCGAUUCUACCUCAACGUUCACCAUGCGACCAUUCUGCCUCAAACCCUCCGCAUUCACCUCGCCCUCCCGCCUUGGGAACCCGUGCCAAAACGCCGCUCACUGCGACGCCAACGAGUUCUGCGACUGGGGUUUCUGCAAAGUAUGCACGGAAGGCUGUCUGGGUAUGAAGUGUAAGGGCAAUAACAAGUGUAAGACGGGGUUCUGUAAUAGCUACGGAAGAUGUGAUUACCCAGGCCAAAAGAAGCGGGCACAUGGGCCGGGAGCGAGGGCUAGGGGGAGGAGUGGCCCUAGGGGCCCUGGGGCAGGACCGAAGGGGCAGAGUGGACCGAAUAAGGUACGAAGUGAGGCUAUGAGGAUCAAUACUCCGAAUGAGACGCCUGUGGCAACAGGUGCAGCGUGA